AUGUUGAACUACAAUCUUAGCAACAUAUGUGGGAGUUUUUAUACAGGAGGUAAACUAGCAUUUAGUGAAGAUGGCAAUUCUUUAUUUGUUCCAAUAAAUAACAGAAUAAAUGUAUAUGAUUUAAGUAGUAAUACAUGUAAUACAUUAUUGUCUGAAAAUAGAAAUGAUUUACGAUUUAUAGCUAUUCAUCCAAAUAUGGAUAUAUGUAUAAGUAUCGAUAAAUUUGGAUAUGGUUGUGUUAUUAAUUUAUUGAAAGAUAAAAUAAUAGCUCGAAUUUUAUUUAAAUCCAAAACUGGCAUUAUUACUUCUUUUAAUUAUAAUAAUAUUUUCACACCUCAAGAGGAACAAGAUUUUGUGAACUUUGCUACUUUUACAAAUAGUGGUAAAUAUUUUUUGAUAGGUAUAGGUAGACGAGUAAUAAUAUGGAAUAGUCCAUGUAAACAUAAUAAAUAUAGAUUAGUAAAAUAUAACGAUUUAUGUUAUCAUUCUUUAAAUAUUAUAUCCAUAGAUAUAUCUGAAAAUGAUCAAUAUUUUUUAACUACUUCAUAUGAUUUAACUAUAAGAAUACAUACAAUUAAUAAAAAAAAAAAAAUUCGUCCAACGGUUCUUAGUGGCAAUAAAAGUAUCAUCGUUGGUGCAUUCUUUUCAAAAAAUGCUGACUUUAUUUUUAGUGUCAAUAAGUCGGGACUCAUAAUAGUUUGGUCCUACGAGGUAGCCACGGGAGAAGCAGAAAAAGGGGACGAGCUAAAUGGGAUUGAAGAAACGGUUGACAAGGUGACUGGAAUUGACGAAGCAGAAGCUGACACAAAGGCUGGGGAAGUAGUUGCUACCCAUGAAGGGGUAAGGAGAGGAAAAUACGUGAAGGCAUACGAAAAAAGAUGGUGCUAUAAAAAAAUAUAUUAUUGUAAUCAAGAUAAAAAUGAAGAAGUUGUUAAGGCAUGUUUCAAUAAAUAUCGUGAUUUGUUAGUCAUUGCUUAUAGUAAUGGAAAGUUUGCUAUUUAUAAUACUCCUGAAAUGGUGUCACUAUAUAAUAUUAAAAUUAAUACAAAUAUGAUUGAUGAUAUAGUAAUAAAUAAAGAUGGAGAUUGGAUUGCUUUAGCUGAAUCGUCAAAUGGAACCGUAAUUGUAUGGGAAUGGCAAAGUGAAAGUUAUAUAUUAAAACAAUUUACUAGUAAUAAAAAUGUAAAAUGUGUAAAAUUUUCACCAAUUAUAAGCCAUUUAAAAAUAGGAAGUAAUAUAGCUAAUAAUUCAAUGUCCUAUCAUGAAUGUGAUAAUUUUACAAGUAAAUUUGUUAUAGCCACAGGAAAUGAAGAUGGAACAAUUAAAUUAUAUGACUAUUUAUCUUAUAUUAAUUUUGUAACUUUUACUGCACAUACAAAUAGUGUUACAGAUAUAUGUUUUUUACCACAGGGUAAUGCAUUUAUUUCAUGUUCUUUAGAUGGAACAUUACGAGCAUUUGAUUUAUUACGAUAUCGAAAUUUUAAAGUAUAUACAGCAGAUUUAUUAGAGGAAGAUACUAAUAUUGCCACUAAAAAUAGUAAUAAUAAUAUGAACGAGUCAGGUAAAAUUGUGGCUAAAAAAAUAUCUAAAAAAAUUAAUGUACAAUUUUUAUGUGUAAAUGUGAAUGUAAGUGGAAAUAUAGUGGCUGCUGGUGGAAGAGGAAAUGAAUAUAUUGUCUAUAUAUGGAAUAUUCAAACUGGAAAAUGUAUAGAUAAAUUAUAUGGUCAUAAUUCUCCAAUUGCAAAAAUAUGUUUUAGUACUAAUUUAAAAAAUGAAGGAGUCAUAGCUACCUGUUCAAUGGGGGCAAAUAUUCUUAUUUGGGAUUUAUAUUCAAGAAGAAAUAAAGGAAGUAAAUUUGAUGAAAUUACAAAUUCACAAAGUAUUUCAUAUAUGUGCUUUGAUCCAAGAGGUAAUGAUGUAUUAGCAGUAUGUACGUUAGGGUGCAGAAUAACUUUUUGGGAUAUAUCGGUGCAAGAAAUUGUCGGAACUAUAGAAGGUGCAAGAGAUAUAAAAAGAGGAAGAUUAUUAGGAGAAGAUUAUUCAGCAAUUCCUAAAAUGAAUAAUAAUAAAAAAAAAAGAAAUAGAAAAGAUGGAAAUUAUCAAUAUGUAGAUGAUUUAGAAGAUCAAGGAACAAAUACUGUUGUAAACCAAAAUUGUUAUUUUACAUGUAUUGAUUAUAUACAUAGUGGAAAUUAUUUAGCAGGGGUAGCUAAUACUAGUGUAAGUUUGUACAUAUAUGAUACGAAUAUAUAUUUAUUAGUAAAAAUAAUAGAUUUAACAAAAAAUUAUUGUGUUGAUGGAAUAAAAAGAGAAAUAUCAUCACGAUAUUUAACAAACGAAGGAAAACAUAUAUAUGAAUAUGAUAUAAGUGAUGAUGAAGGUGAUAUAUAUUUAGACAAUUAUAAAAUAUUGAAUAGAAAAAAAAAAGAAAAUAUAUUGCCUGGUCAGGUAAAUGAGAAUUUUUUAAAUAAUAAAUUUAAAAAAUAUAAAUUAUUGUUAAAUUAUAUUAACAUAUCAGGUGAUGAUAGACAUAUAGCAGUUGCAAGUAGUGUUGGAUUAUAUAUUUUAACAAAAGAUCAUCAAUAUUAUUAUGUACCAAAUUCAAAAAAUUUAUAUAAAGGUUUAUUAGCUCCUAUUAAUUAUGAUCCAAAAUUUUUAACACAAAAUGUUAAUGUAAAAAAUUUUAAACUUUCUUUAAAAAAAAAAGAAUAUAUUAAAGCAUUUAUUCUUUCAUUAGCUUUAAAUAAUUAUGAACAUAUUUUAGAGGUAUAUGAAAAUGUCCCUUACAAUUUAAUCCCUUUAUGUGUUAAAGUUUUAACAAAACCAUUUAUAUAUAUAUUAAUAAAUUUUAUAAAAACAUUAUUAUUAAACGAUACAAUCAAACAUAUACAUUUGCACUUAUAUUAUCUUAAUUCAAUUUUUACAAUUCAUUUUAGUAUUUUUAUAAAUAACGAUUUUAAUACAGUAGUUAAAAAUACAACUGGAGCGACCAAAAAUGGACAAGAUGAUAAAAAUACUCGAAUUUCUAUUUCAACAAUUUCAGAUGAAUAUAGAAUAUCUCUUCUUUUUAUAUUGAAACAAAUUAUUACUUUAUAUAAUGGAUUACAAUAUUUAUACACUAAUAAUAUUAAUGUUUUGAAAUAUUUGAGUUUAGACUAUAUUCCAUAA